AUGAUUGGGCAGCUCCGAGUCGAGGUAGAUCGAGUUCGAGCUGAUUGCCAACAGUGGAAGAAGAAUAUGGAUCAACUUGCUACUGAAAAGGAAGAUGUUAAGGCCCAACUAGCCUUGGCUAAAGCUCAGCUCCGAGGUGCUAAAGCGAAGGGCUUGGCUCAGGCCAGGAAAGUUGAGGGGCUGGAGGCCGAACUGGCUAAAGCCCGUACCGAAGCUGCACAGGCUAAGGCUGAAGCUGCACAAGCUAAAGUCGAAGCUGAGAAGACUAAGGUUGCGGCUGAUAAAUCCAUUACUAUAUAUAUGAGAGAAGCCGCAGCCGUUCAAGCAGAGUUGACGGAGGCCUCCGAUCGAACAAGACGGAGCAAUGAAUUGGCUGAGUGCCGAGCCCGAAGGGAGACUCUCGAGGAAAUCCAUGCUCGGGGGUUCGACCUUGCCGAGGAGAUAGCCGAAGCACAGGCGCGGGAAACCGAUGCUAGGUUUCUUGUCUCCUCCAACGAUGAGGACAUGGUGAGUGGCUCCGGGGAUGGGGAAAGUGAGGAAGAUUCUCCCGAAUGGGAAGAGGCUCCCGAAGAUAAAGCCCCUGAAGAUGAUGCACCCGGGGACAUGGCCUCGAAAAUAGAUUAG